ACAAAGCUUAGUCUGGAAGCGCCCUGCUAGAUCAGACCGAAGUGGGUCCAUCUUGUCUGGCAUCCCCUGAGGAAGCAGAUGAAGAAGGCAAAUGCCCUCCCCCUCCCCCCAUGCUUGCCUCCAGUAACUGCCAUUCAGAGAUGGGCUGCUUCUCAAGAUGUAUUUAUUUGGUUAUUGUCUGGCAUUUAUUUCCCGCCUUUCUUCCAUCAUGGAGCUGAAGGUGGUAUGUCCUUGGGCUUUCAGGCGAUCAUCCAUCUGGGCACUAACCCGGCACUGCUUAGCUUCAGCCAGGAGGUGGCCUCAUGUGCCUUCAGGCAGUCGUUCCCUGGGAAGAUGUCCGUUUCUUGAGCCAUAGUCAUCACGUCUGCUUAUCAUGAACUUGGAUGGAUUGAGCAGAGUUGAGUCCUCUCUUCGGUUUCUAGUGAAAAUGAGCGGGGCAGAGAUAGCUAGAGCUCAGCCACCUGAUUCUGAUCCCUAUGCAUCUUCGGAGGAAGGAGACGAAAUGGACACCUCUCCGGAAGACCUCUCGGAUGAGGAAGAUGAUGAUGAUGAAGACAGUGACAGUAUUUCCCGCAGGGCAGUGAGGAGGCUCGAUUUUCCACCCCGGGGGCGAAAAAGAAGGCGUCUGAAUGUACUGGAUCUCCAGCAUCCUUAUCCGGAAGAGUCCAGACACCUGGAAAUUGGGCACCGUGGGGCCUCCAUAGGCAUGCCAAUGACAGAUUGCAACUGCCCGGAGGUGCUGACCAAAGGGACCCUGGUGGCCAUUGUGGCUGCCUUGGCCUUCCUGAGCUUCUUUUCCACCUGUGUCCUGCUUGUGGUGGUCGUCUGCCUCCUGCGCCUGGUGGAGAAGCAAAGGAAAACCGGGAAGGAAGCCACUGCUGGUUAUUCACCUCCCAAGAGGCCUGACCCUCCUGUCCCACCUCCACGCCCAGACCACACGUACCUGGCGGUGAAGCCUGUGCCUGGAUAUGAACGGCUUCAUCCUGCCUCCCCAAUCCGUCAGGUACUGCAUUACCAGAAACUCAAGUCUCCGCAGGAACAGUACCAGAUUCCCAAGUCUCCACAGAAACAGUACCGGAUUCCCAAGGGAUCGCCGGUGCAACACAAAACCACUCCAGAGAGCGAGUACAUUACCGUGAAUCCAUUGUCGGCUUUUUCUACUCCCCCUUUGGAAAAAAACUAUUCAAAUGCUGAUGCGCCCCCUUUGGAAAAAACCUACGUAAAUGCGGGUGAACCACAGCUGGAACCCUUAACUGAAGACUCUCCAAACACUGAGAUGGCAGCGAAAGGACACGAGGACCAUAUUUAUGAGGAAGUGGAAUAAGCAUCACCAUCAAGACGGGCAGACUUGCUGCAAGAACGUUGCCGUGAGG